AUGUCAACGCGUGAAAUUGUAAUCAUCGGCGGCGGAAUUAUUGGCUGUACAACGGCGUACUAUCUUUCCCGCCACCCCUCAUCAUCGAGCGCCAAAAUUACGCUGAUCGAGGCAUCUGAACACGGUCCUGCCCAGGGUGCGUCCGGGAAGGCUGGCGGUCUUGUCGCACGGUGGGCAUACCCCAAGGAAAUCGUUGAUGUCUCGUUUGAGGAGCAUGUCAAGCUUGCUGAAGAGCACAAUGGCAAAGAUCGGUGGGGAUGGAGAUAUGUAGGUUGUGGGAGUUGGGAGGGACGUGGAGAGACAGCCGUUAAUCUCUCGAAGGAAGAAGAAAGGACAAGCAACGCCAACAAAAGCUUGGAGAAAGAACUUGGUUUGCCGGGCGGUCAGAAGCCUUUGCGAGGUGGCAAAUCGCGCAAAAAGAAUUCUCUUCCCGAGGACCUCGAUUGGGUGCAUGAGGAGCUCACGGACUCCUAUUCUCCAAUGGCCAGAGACGGGCACACCGCCCAGGUACACCCAUAUUUAUUCACCACCAGCAUGUACGAAUUGGCCAAACAGAACGGCGUCACUUGCAUUCGUGGAAAGGUCACUUCCAUCCUGCAAGACAAUGGCUCAGUCACCGGAGUCGAAUAUAUAUGCCCGACUACUCACAAUACAGAGCGUAUAUCCGCAACACAGGUCCUCUUAGCCGCUGGAGCAUGGUCUCCCUCAAUUGUAUCUGAACUGCCCAUCCAAGCCACUCGUGCGCACAGUAUAACCAUCCGUCCCAAGGAAGGCGUUACCAUUUCACCCUACGUCCUAUUCACGGAGAUCACAGAACCUCCCACAAGAGCCCACUCCUCCCCUGAAAUAUACGCGCGGCCGGAUAACGAAGUUUACGCCUGUGGCCCGGGCGACGAUUGUCCUCUGCCGGACACUGUGGACGAAGUUGUCGUCGACCAGACAUCAUGCGAUUUGAUCUACAGACACGUUUCCAGUAUUUCGAAACAGCUACGCGAGGGUGUCGUAGAGAAAAAGCAGGCGUGUUAUUUGCCUUCUGUGAGUACUGGAGGAGGCCCAAUGAUUGGGGAGGCGAAACAGAUUGCGAAAGGCCUCUUCAUAGGAACUGGCCAUACCUGUUGGUGGGCGGGGUUUGUGGACCCUGCUGCGCAGCAAGCUAUCCUAUGUCAAUAG